UUCCUGUUUGGAUCGAUGUGAUUGGCUGAUCCUACUGCGCAGACUCCUGGGAGAGCGCGAUGUUCAAAUUUGUUUCCGGUUUCCUUAUGCUUCGGUCGGUGCGCCAGACAUGGAGCGACAUCAGAGCAGUGCCGCAAGGACUCCCACAAACAGUGUUGUAGCUGAGAGGAGGAGCAAGAGUAAGAGUUACCGCCAGUCGUACCGCAGCUGUGUAGGUGCUGCCUCACGACUCUGCUUUACCCCUGGGUUCACGGCACGGAGGCUCAACGCCAGCAGAAGGGCCCCAAAGUCACACAAUGUCACUGAGAAGGUGAAUCCACAGCAGCUGGCCUUACUAAUGAAGACAGAGUGGCAGCUGUCGUACGUUACUCCCCUCUACCAGUUCCGACACACCCAGUUGAAGAGCUACUCCAGGCAGCUCUCGGCGUUCAUUGCCGCGGAGAAGCAGCAAGGUUUGGCCGUGGAGGUGGAGGGAGCGCAGAGCAGUUUCAAAGUGUCCAUCUCUGUGGUGCAAGGGAUGGUCGAGGCGGACGACGAUGCUGAGACGGUCCUCAUACAGAUCCAUUCAAAGCUUUUGUUUGCCAGGAAGGAUGAGCCCCAGAGGCCGGUCUGGAGCGGCUGGCUGACCUGCAUCAACGGCAACCCCGACUACCUGCGCUCGCUUCCAGAGGACUUCACCUGCCUGCCGCUCUUCUGCAGCAGCGGGGCCGAGGGUCUCACCACCUUGGUCAAAUCCUGGUUCCAGCAGACCUUCGACUGCUGCUUCGGCACCCUGGAGAUCAACCACACAAGCCUGCAGUGGCUGGCGGCCUUAUGGACUAACUGCCACGCCGAGUCCAGCAUCCAGCAACUCAGAAUGAUUUGGACCCUCCCAGUGGCGCCGCCGCUGCAAGUCACAUACACAGUCGACCCCCAUGAUGCAUGGCAGCUGUGGAGCAGUGUGAGGAAGGAUCCAGGGGAGGACGUGGAGGAGGAGAACAGUAUUGAUAUUGAGGAGGUGAUGGAGUUCAUGCAAGGGCUGAAGGGCCACUUCUACAGACAUUUCAGGCUGGAUCUGUCAGCUGGAAGCCUGAAACAGGUCACCACAGCACUGGGCUCAGCCAAGUACAGCGGCAAAAUCAAGAUCUCCAACAGCAGAUACAUGAUCACCACCUUUACGCUACUGACAGAAUGUGCUCUCCUUAAAAUGCCCCUCUGAGAGACUGAAUAAAGACUUUUUAGCGCAACAGAUAAUUGCAAUAGCCACAUUUGGAGAAAGAAAGAAAGACGGACCUGGAAAAUUGGACAUGCAGCUUUUUGAAUGUUUUUUUUUUUUAAUUAAACUCUAUAAAAAACAUGAAAUGCAUUUACAUGACGUUAUUUUUUGCACAGUAUUCGCUUCAGCAGUGCGAUAUGUAAUUAACAAAAUGAUUACCUUUCUGUAAUCCACCUAUAUGUAUUGUGUUUUAGAGAUAUCCACUGAAUGCUAACCAGCUAGCGUUGUUUCUGGUCAGACACCACAAAGACAGAACAACACCCACUCAGUUUCACUCUGAUGAGUUAGUGUUUGUUGCAUGGGUGGCGUAAGGGUUAGAAAACAAUGGCAGGGUUCUCAUGCAAUACAGAUGGGAAACAAACAAACAUUUGAUAUAAUGGGCUUUCGGGACAAUGACAUUGCAACAUUGUUAGAUGGAGGGAGGUCGGGCAUCAGUCUGCAUCUACAUUUGGAAGCAUGAGUGGUAGUUAGAGCAGGGUGGCCCCCGGGGAACCAGGAGCUAAACCUGGUUAGAAAACCAUCUUGUUGUAGUUGGAUUGAGGCCAGAUCAGACUUUAGUUUUUUGUUUAAGAGAGAAUCUACUUUCUAUCCUCCAACUCAGGCAAUGUUGUGGCUAUAAUUAUGAGUUGAACGAUUGAGGGGAACGUUCCAAUGUUUCUUGUUUACCAGGUUGUUGUCUGCUUUUGCUCCUUUGUAAAUACUCUCCUGUACAUAUUCUUGUCAAUGGUUUAAUGUAUCUUUUGUCAUUCAUAGUUGUAAAUAAAAGCAUUAUAGGAUGCGG